UUGAACAUGAUGACAUCUGCGCUUGUAUUCUCUCUGACAUGUUUGUUUUGGGCUCAGACAACAGCUCUGAAAUUGCCCCCAACAAUUCAUCAAGACAAAAGUUUCAAAUCACUUGAAACUGGAAAUAGCUUGGCUCUGACAUGUUUCUAUGAAAAUAAUUUUCCUGCAAGGAUUUACUGGUAUAAACAACCCAUUGGACAGAAGCCACAGCUCAUCUCUUCCUUCUACAAGUUUGAAAAAAAUGGAACUUUAUACGGUGAAUUCAAGAACAAUCAACGCUUCACACUGGAUACAAGGGACGGUAACAAUCACUUGAAGAUCUCAGAUCUGCGUAUUUCAGACUCUGCUGUUUAUAACUGCAUAAGUAGCUAUUUAUCCACCUUAGAAAUAUUAGAGAGCACAGCUGUCAGUGUGACGGGUUCAGCUUCAGUGCUUCAGUCAGCAUCUGAGAUCAUCCAGCCAGGAGGCUCUAUGACUCUGAACUGUACAGUACACACUGGGACCUGUGAUGGAGAACUCAGUGUUUACUGGUUCAAACACUCUCAGGAAUCUCAUCCAGGACUCAUUUACACCCAUGGAGGCAGGAAUGAUCAGUGUGAGAGAAAAGACAACACACAAACACACACCUGUGUCUACAACUUGCCAAUGAAGAGCCUGAAUGUUUCUCAUGCUGGGACCUACUACUGUGCUGUUGCUUCAUGUGGACACAUACUGUUUGGAGACGGGACCAAGCUGGACUCCCAAGACAAAGGUGACUCUCCUGUUUUGGUGUAUUUCUUGAGUGGAGCCUUGACACUCACCACCAUCCUGGUAGUUUUACUGGCUCUCUCAGUGUUCAAGAUGAGGAAGAGAAACACUUAUCAGUCAACAGAGUCUCAAGCAAGCUUUUCUGCUCCCUCAACAUCAAAUGCAGAGGGUCAUGGAGACGCAGAAAACCUCCAUUAUGCUGCUUUAAGUGUCAAGCUGCCCAACAGAUCAAGAAAACAGAGGAACAACACCAACAAUGAAUGUGUGUACUCCAGUGUGAAGCCCUAGAACUGGACCUGUUUCGGUGGGAAUAGCAUGGGAACGUCAACCACAGCCAUCAGGACACCUACUCAUGUUACAAAAUCUGCUUGUUCUGGCUGACAUUUUUAUGAUGCUUGAUGGAAAAUCAACAUUGUACUGCACUGUAGAUCUGUCCAAUAAUUUUGAACCUGUUGAUCAUAAUGUUUAUUAAAUAUUCUGCUUGCCAUGAGUCUUGAUUAAUCUCCUUUCCAUCUGGUUCAGAUCACAUUUUAAAUAAAUUUCAUAUGGUGUCAAACCAAGUUCCAAGUGGGUUAAGGAAUUUGACUUUUUAUCUGGUGAUCGUUUUCUCUUCCGUGUCUCUGAGCUCAGUGUAGCCUUUGAUAAGUCUGAAGUAAACCAGUCCUGUUUCUGACUGUUAUGCAGCAACUGUA